UCUGGUUGUCGUAAAGUCUCGCGAGACUCGAGCUUUGCCACCACAAAGCAGAAACAGCGACUGGAGCUAGGAAAAGGGAGCCAGCGGCCCUGAGGCUGAACUCUUUUGGAUUCCGGGUUGAAGAAGCGGCGACUGCUAAAAUGACCAGAGGAAACCAGCGCGAGCUCGCUCGUCAGAAGAAUGCCAAAAAGCAGAAUGAGCAUGGCAAAGGGAAGAGGAAUGAAGAUGGGCUGUCAGCUGCCGCCCGCAAGCAAAGGGAUGCCGCGAUAAUGCAGCAGAAGCAGAAAAAAUCAGACGGAGGCGGUGAGGGGUCGAAAGCUGGGACCAAACCCAACUAACAGAUGAGAGUCGGAGAUGAAUUCAGCUCAGCGUCUGAGAACAUCCCAUGCUCAACAUUCUUCCUGAUAUUUAAGAAAAGGGGUCUGUCAUUUUUGUCUUAGAUUCAAGAAUCCAGGAUCCUCCAUUCUUCCCGAUGGCAAAUGGCAUUGCCUGUUGGAUUUGUUAUUUUACACGGUGAAAUUAAUGUCUGAGCGAUUCAGUGGUUGUCCCACGUUGGUGCUUCAUGCAGAGGGGCUCCAAUGCUGUAGGCAGCAGGAUAAUGAACAAUUCUCGAUGGAAAGCAUCUACGUAACAAUUGUGUAUUUUUGUACAAAAAUGUCCCCUGCUGGUUUCAAAUAAAGUGUAUCUUUUUAGUUGAUGCUUGCUUGA